GCAGCUUAGUGUUCAUUAAGCACUUCCACAGUUAUUAACUGCGAGGUUUCUAAGCCAGGUUACCAGUUUUGCAUUCGUAUAUCAUAUCAUGAGGCUAGCACGAUGAUACUUUUAUGUCCAGGGAAGUCGAGACAAUUUCCAAUCCGAAAAUUGCCUAGACCGGUACCGUGAAUCGAAACCAGCCACCCUCAUCAUGGUCUUGCUUUGUAGCCGCGCGUCUUACCGCACGGCUAAGGAGGGCCCCAUGCAAGCCACAUGCUUCUUCAUAUCAAAUGCAUAAAAAACGCGUAUUAUGUAAAUGUGAAAGUGCUUAAUGAAUUAAUGUUGGGGCCGUUAAUAAUCCGAUUGUGCCAAACAAAUGGAAAUCAUGUCCUUGCAUAUAUGUAAAUCGAACCCUUUUUAUAAUAAAUACUAUAACAUCCUCUUUGGAACUUGGCCUGUUUUCACAAGAGCUGAAACAACGUCGACUAAAGAUUGCCACCCCAUCCUGCUGUUGGCUGAGCAGAGCGGAGCUUUACGCACGAAGCAAAAUACCAUAACUUCAAUAAGCCUUUCUACGGAUUCACUCGGUCACUGCUUGUCUCCGUUAUUCUACUUGUCGUUCGUUCCUACGCAAACACCAAAGAACCAGGCACGAUGAGAAGGGAAGCUCGAAAAUUAUGUUAACUAAAAUGGGUAUCGGAUUACAUCUCGGAACCAACGCACUUACGAACCAGCAUUUAAAGCAUGUUGCUAUAUUUAUGUUUCCUUGCCGACAUUCAAAACAGGACUGCAAUAAUUUGGAUUUAAUUACCUCAGAAGUACGCGUGAGAACUCAAUCGAAUUCAUCAUCGUGGAAUUGUAAUCCUCGAGAAUUGCAGUUCCACCAACAGCCACGAUGCAAAACCACAUUUUUGCGGUACUCCUACGACGCCUGUUGGGGUAACUCCGUCUGAAGCCCGCACUCACGCAUCGCUAUGCAGCUCCAAAGAGUGUAAGCACACCUGAGUGGAAGAUAUCGAUUACCCAAGUUUCCCAGCACAAGUGGAGAAACAUAUCGGCGGCAUGGCAUGGCAUUUCAUGAAUGCAUUUACGUCGUCCGUCCGCCCGAACGACUCCACGACGCGGUUUCCCAUUUCAGUCUAGCUCGGAACGGCAAUCGGUGUGCACACAGUUCGAAGCAUUCCACAAUGUCCGUGGCCUGCAUCAGUCUGGCCGCAAGUAUGGUGAAAGGUGCUGCCAGUGGCAAGAGACGGUCCGGCGGAUCGCUGAACAGCACCGCCGAAAGUUUCGAGUGUCAACCGAUAGUGGCCGCGGUGCCUCCGCCUCCGGUUCUGUGUCUGUCUGGCGCGACGGCCCAUCAUCCGAUGGGCGGUUCCCGGUGCUACCAAUCGACUUUGCGGAGCUACAACAAAUGGUCUCCAACGGAGCAGGGCGCCACGCUGGUGUGGCAAGAUCUGUGUGUGUACGCGACGGGGAGACAGGCCCAAGGAGCUGGAGAUCGGGGCCCGAUCAAACGGAUCAUUAACAAUGUGAGCGGGGCAGUCACCCCGGGGACGUUGAUUGCACUGAUGGGAUCGAGUGGGGCCGGCAAGAGUACGCUCAUGUCGGCACUUGCCUAUCGAAUGCACCCUGGGGCCGUUGUCCAGGGAGAUAUCCUCGUUAAUGGUCAACCGAUUGGGCCGUACAUGUACCGGUUGAGUGGGUUCGUUCAUCAGGAUGACCUCUUCGUAGGCACGUUGACCGUUACCGAGCACAUGUACUUCAUGGCGAAGCUCAAAUUGGAUCGUGCCGUGAGUAAGAGCACAAUCGGUCGGUUAAUCGAGGAGCUACUGGAGAGGACCGGUUUGUCCAAGUGCGCAAGUACGCGAAUCGGAGAGGUUGGAGAGGGGAAGAUGUUGUCCGGUGGAGAGAAAAAGCGGCUAGCGUUCGCCACGGAACUGUUGACUAAGCCUACGAUACUGUUCUGCGACGAGCCGACUACCGGACUGGAUUCGUUCAGUGCUCAAAACUUAGUCUCAACGUUGCAAGUUCUUGCAAAACGAGGCACUGCCAUCAUUUGUACCAUCCACCAGCCGUCUAGUCAGUUGUUCUCCAUGUUCGAUCAGGUCAUGCUGCUGGCUGACGGACGUGUUGCUUACGCCGGUAAGCCCAACGACGCGCUGAUAUUCUUCGAGCAGCACGGAUACAGUUGUCCGUCGAACUACAACCCAGCGGAAUUCCUGAUUGGAGUGCUGGCCACCGCUCCGGGCUACGAGAAGGCAUCGCAACGUUCCGCCCAACGGUUGUGCGAUUUGUUCGCGGUCAGCGAAGCUGCCGGUCAACGGGACGUUCUGAUCAACUUGGAGAUGCAUAUGGCCGAAACGGGCGACUUCAAGAUAACGGAAGAGUCGCAUCUCUCGCGAAAGUCCAACUGGUUCCGGGCAACCUUCUGGCUGACUUAUCGUGCUUUUCUGACGGUGGUACGUGACCCGACCGUCCAGUAUCUCCGACUUCUGCAGAAAAUCGCCAUUGCGCUCAUGGCAGGGCUAUGCUUCUCCGGUGCUAUUGCCCUCGAUCAGCUGGGAGUGCAAGCCAUCCAGGGCAUUUUGUUCAUCUUCGUUUCGGAAAACACCUUCUCGCCGAUGUACUCCGUGCUGUCGGUGUUCCCCGAAACGUUCCCCCUGUUCAUGCGUGAAACCAAGUCCGGCCUGUACCGCACUUCGCAGUACUACGUGGCAAACGCUUUGGCGAUGCUUCCGGGUUUGGUACUGGAGCCACUGGUUUUCGUCAUCAUCGCUUACUGGUUGGCGGCACUUCGCCCUGCGUUGGGUGCCUUCCUUGUCACCGUAAUCGCAUCCACCCUGGUUAUGAACGUGUCCACCGCAUGCGGCUGUUUCUUCUCGGCGGCGUUCAAUUCGCUUCCGCUGGCCAUGGCUUAUCUGGUGCCGUUCGAUUACAUCCUCAUGAUCACCUCCGGGGUGUUCAUCCAGUUGAGUUCGAUGCCGACCGCGAUUUCCUGGACGCCGUACAUUUCGUGGAUGAUGUACGCCAAUGAGGCGAUGUCGAUCGCCCAGUGGGAAGGUGUGACCAAUAUCACUUGUUCGGCGGAGGAUCCAAAUUUGCCAUGUAUGAGAACGGGCGAGGAAGUGUUGGCGCAUUACAGCUUUGAGGAGUCUCAUCUCUGGAGAAACAUUUGGGCUAUGGUGGCGAUCUAUUUCGGAUUUCACAUCCUCGGAUGUUUAUUCCUGUGGCGAAGAACAAAGCACGGAUAAAGGAAACAAAUCUGUAAAUCAAUGCCGUUGCAAGUUUUUGAAACAUUUUUUUUCUGUGCUGAAUAAAGUAAAAAAGUUUUAUUCAAA